GGUGCAUUCACUUUUGAGCUGUCACAUCGCUGAAAAGAGCGAUCAGCUGUUCUGCGGUGGAUGCAGCUUUGGGAUAGACUGCGUUUACUUGCUUGGGUCUGACUGCUGGCAUGGCAACAGCUCAGUCAGUGUUAACAGUGGCUGUGUGCAUUCUGCUCAUCACAGAGCUGAUUCUGGCUGAGAAAGAUUACUAUGAGAUCCUGGGUGUCCCCAAAGAUGCAUCUGACCGGCAGAUCAAAAAAGCCUUCCACAAACUAGCCAUGAGGUACCACCCCGAUAAAAACAAAAGCCCUGAUGCAGAAGCAAAUUUCAGAGAAAUUGCAGAGGCAUAUGAAACAUUAUCUGAUGACCAGCGGAGACAGGAGUAUGAUCAGAUGAGGAGCAAUCCUUUCUCUAGAAAGGGCACGAGAGGAGGUGGCGACCACUUCCGUCAACAUUUCAACUUUGACGAUUUAUUCACAGACUUUGACAUCUUCGGACACAACCCUCACUCCCAGAAUGAAAGACAUUUUGAUAAUCACUUUCAGGCUCAUGAAGAAGCCCGUAGCAGACACAGGAGGCACCACACUUUCGGUGGUGGUAUGUUUGACGAUAUGUUUGAAGACAUGGAGAGGAUGUUUUCUUUUGAUGGACACCAGACUCGGACUCAGCGCAGGUUUCAUGGUUCUGGCAGGCAGCACUGUAGGACUGUCACACAGCGAAGGGGCAACAUGGUCACUACAUACACCGACUGCUCCUGAACCCUCCACACGUGGAAAUGUUGUGUUGACUGAAAUUUGAAUGAAUGCUGUUUUGCUUUGUUUGUUUUGAAUCAGUGUUGAUGACCUCUGGAAAGUCUUCUAAGUAAAUAGUACAUUGCUGAGGAAAUCAUCCUCAGUCCAGGGAACCUAAAUCUGCCUUAAAGGAAUAGUUCACCCAAAAAUGAAAAUUCUCUCAUCACUUACUCACCCUCAUGCUACCUCAGAUGUGUAUGACUUUCUUCAGCAGAACACAAAUUAAGAUUUUUAGGAGAACAUCUUCACUCUGUAAGUGAAUGGUGACCAAAUAUUUGAAGCUCCAAAAAGCACAUAAAGGCAGCAUAAAAGUAAUCCAUAUGACUCCAGUGGUUUCAUCCAUAUCUUCUAAAGCGAUCCAAACAGGUUUGGGUAAGAACAGACCAAAAUAUAAUUCCUUUUUACAUUGUACAUCUUGCCAUUGCAGUCUCUAGGCAUGAUCAUGUUUUCAAGCUUUAUUAUACAUCCUAGUACUUCAUGCAUGCACAGAGUGCUAGAUGGUGCUGUGAAGUUAAAUCAAGCUUGAAAUCAUGAUUGAAGGAGGCUGCUGAUGUCAAGAUUUUUAGUGUAAAUAGGAGUUAUAUAUUGGUCUGUUCUCACCCAAAACUGUUUGGAUUGCUUUAGAAGACAUGGAUUAAACCACGGGAGUCAUAUGAAUUACUUUUAUGCUGCCUUUAUGUGCUUUUGGGAGCUUCAAAGUUUUGGAUUCUGUUGACUUGAAUCGAGCUGAAAUAUUCUUCUAAAAAGCUUUUUUUUGUGUUCUGCAGAAGGAAAAAAAGUUAUACACAUCUGGGAUGGCCUGAGGGUUAGUAAAUGAUGAGAGAAUUUUUAUUUUGGGGUGACCUAUACUUUAAACUCCAUCCACAACAUUCUGCAAAAAUACUAAAAAACAGCAAUGACACUUCAACACUUUUACUGUGAACAGAAUAACCUGAGGUUGAAAUGGCACUUUAAUCUGGUUGUCAAUUAUUGAUAAACUCCUAUUAAGCUGUCUUUGUCAAGAUUUAGGGUGCUCCACUUAAAAUUAAAAGCAUAGUUUGUUUUCGGGGGAAAAAGGGUUUCACAUUUGUUUACAUCUGAGGCCUUUAAACGUGUGAUUGCAUUAAUUGCACUUGAACACUUGAGCAUUGAACCUGUCUGAGGCGUUUACAUGCUCGCAUUCAAACAUUCAAAGUGUCUUAAAAUUCAAGAAAGUGAAUUCCCCUAUGAAGGUUUGUGUUAAUGUUUGGUUUGCCUGAGUUAUUGCUUGAUGUUGCACAGUGUUGAAAAAGAUUGAGUCUUGUAAUGCUCUUUUUGUUGACUGUACUGUCCUUAACAUGCAUGUUACACGAUUUGUAUAUAUUCCAUCUCAGCUAACAUGACACCUGAGCAAGCUGUGGCUCUUAUUAUGGGAAAUCCUCUAUAUGCAUUAUUAAUUACAAUCUCAUUGCUUUUCGGGGAUCCUGUUAGAUGUAGGGCUUUCCUGGAAUAAAAGGCAACAGUAUAGGAUAAAAUUAAAUUACAUACUGUAAAAGGGUUGGCUUUUUUCCCCCUUUUAGCUCUGGUAUCAUUUCAAAUUUCCAUGUAGUUUUCUGUGAUGAUUUUUGUUUUGUUUUUUUGUGACAGAUAAAUUGCCUGGGGCACUUUGGUAAAUGACAUACAAAAGCAAUGUUACAUUGCUUUCGUCUAUUAUAUAAAUUAUGGGGUGAACAAAAAUAUCCUACACUUGCUGUAGUUCUGUGAUCAAGCUUGUACUUAUUUUGGCUGUCUUAAGAUUUGAUUGUAAACUGGAGCUGGGCAUUUCUGCCAAUCAGUUUUAAAAUAUGUCACAGAGAACUGUGUAAUUUUAUUUCGGUGCCUUUUAUUACAACAAUUACCUCGCGUCAAAUCUUUGUGAAUUACUUGAAAUAUUAGAACAAGCACCUUGUGUAGUUAAUGCCUCUUACUUUCCCUAAUUGUGAAACUUGUGUGUAUGUGCGUGCCUUUUACCAUUCUCAUAGGUGUGUAACUCUGUUCUCUACUAUUUUAAUUUUCAUAAAAGCUUUAAACAAAUUGUUUUCUUAUUCAAUAUUGUAAAAAUUAUACAAAAAAAGCACACACAAAGAAGUGUGUAUAAUGAAUCUUUGUUCCUCUAGACUAAAUGUAUGUAUGCAUGUA